UUUUAUUUUUUACAGGAUCAAGAUCUAGAAAAUAAAGCAAGAUAAUAUCCAUAUCCAGUAUCUGUUGAACGUACUCCUGUAUAGUUUUUACUCAAGGAAACUUUAUCAAUUUUUGUUUUUAAAAAAAAGUUUGUAAAACAAAAUCAGUAUAGAGUGUGCAUUUUAUGUAGUUUUUGUUAGGAAGAAAUAAAUUGUGUCAUCCUAUCCAGACAAACUUUUUCUUAAAAAUAAUUCUCUUUCGUAUUUCUUAUUGUUUUCGUUCUUUUCAGAGUUAAAAAAUGUCUAUACACAAGGUUGUAAAUUGGUAAUUUUAGGUCUGGUGGUGAUGCUUGUUAGCAACCCUGUCCAAAUGGUUUUUACAGCAGGUUGUUCUCUAAUAAAUAAGAAAUACAUUUAUAAAGAACACAAAGCUGAGACUAUAAGUCUUUUGUUAACUAAAUAUGUAUUAAGAACAUUGAUAGUAUUGCGCUUUUAAGUUUUAGGCCAACUAAGGUGGACGUAACUGAUGUCAUGUCAUUAUGGGUAACUAGGAGUCACCUGGGAUCAAAAUUGGACUUAUUUGCCCAAGUUGGGUCUAACGUAACUGUUUCAGAACAGAUGAGUCGAUGACAUUAUUAAAAAACUAUAGUUUUUAUUCAUUUAAAUGAUAAAUAUUUUCUUUUUCCACCUAAUAUUGCAUUAUUUUUUAUCAACAAUUUUUAGAUAACACACUAUGCCCCGUGUACCGCGGUUAGAAAAAUUAUUUACCAAGCCAAGACCUUGGUCAAGAUUUCCAAUGAGACCUCCUCCAUUCAGAUUUGUAGAAUGGGAAACUAAAAAACACAAAGGAAAUGUUAGAGUGUUGAAAUUACGUCCACCUAGUGAAGUUCCAAAAAUUACACCAUAUAAAGAAUGGCCUAUCAUAAGAGGUGACUUAGUUGAAAUAAUGGUAGGCCACGAUAAAGGAAAGCAAGGAAAAGUUAGAGCAGUUGCCCGGAAAAAGAAUCAAUUAAAAGUUGAAGGAUUAAACUGCUCAGAACAAUUUAUAGAAAAUAUGGGAGAUGGCAAGUCUGGGUACCUUCUUAAUGAAGAACCCUUGCAUUAUUCUGAAGUAAAAUUAGUUGAUCCAUUUACUGGUAAACCGACGAAUGUUAGCAUACGUUUUAAUGAAGAAGGAAAACAGGUACGCGUGUGUAAAGAAAGUGGACGUGUUAUUGCCAAACCUCCUUUCGAAAGAUCUGAUUGGAAGUCACGUGAUGCAGUAAAGGAGGGUGAAUUUGAUACUAAGGCAGACGUAGUGCAGCAAUACACAUAUGUUCCAUCCUUGUUGCUGUUUCAUGAAGAAAUCAUGAAAGAAAUGGAUAUACCUAUGACAGUGCCAAAAGGUGAAUUGGAAAGAAGAGACUUAAUUUUUAGGGAAAUUGAAAAUGAUGUGUUAAAAGAGAGAAGUAAAAGUAUAGACUCUCCACAAACUGAUACUGGAAUAAUAUCGCAAUUGCAGAGUAUGGGUAAAAAAAUGUUGUUUUGGAGAACAUAAAUUCUUUUUACAUAAAAAAAGCAAUUUAAUUCGACUUUAAACAA